AUGGGGCGAGCAAAACAAACUGCCCGUCGUGGUCAACCUCCUGCUUCAUAUCAUGGUUUUAGGAGGAUUGGCGUAUUUGGCCAUGCAGAUGAACCAUCCUCGCCGUCGACUUCCAGCACUCCCCAAAACGACCGAGAUUUUUUGGAAAGUUCUUCGUCAGGUCUUCUUCCAAUGGAGAAGUCGGCAGACACCCUCGAACUACCAGAUGAACUGAUCAACUUCAUCUCUGGGACUCACUCGACAUCCGAGCCGCCUCGAAAGAAACGCAAAACAGAUUCGAAUUGGAGCGCGGCACGUGAAAGCGAUGCAAGUGGAGUGUCAUCUGUCCAGGAAGCAGGACUUGACCACAUUAUUGUCAAGCAGUCUAGCUGGGACAUUAAGUGCGUUGGAUCCAAGCUGUCAAAUUUUCGUAGAACUAUUGAGAAGACUAACGUCCGCCCCUACGUUCAUUGGACUCGAGGUCAUGUUCCAGAGUAUAUUGAGAUUAUGAACGAAGCUAAGCAGUGUGUGUUCCACGCGCCAUUGCCGCAAGACUCUCGUGGGUUUGAGGAUGUGCUGCUGGCUUUGGAAGUCGAUCACGACUCGAAGAAAUGGGCGAAAUCCCAGGGCAAGCUCUGGACCGAGUUUGGACUAGAGCUUUCGCAACAGGACGGAGUUGACUUAUUUCGCAUCGUGUUUGCUGUCAAGUGGAACAUUACCACCUCGCCAUUUUUCAUCACGCAAGCUACUGCCAAGGUAAAGGUCUUACCAAAAGUCCUGAGUACAUAUUUUCCAGACCAGAGUGUCACUAGUAUUGAUAAGUGGAGUCCACAAGAUUUCUACCAGAGCGUCCACUCUCCAGAAAACAACGAUCCAGUCGCUGCGUCUCUGAGGGUUGACGAGCUUGAGUCCAACCUGUAUCCUUUCCAGAAAAGAGCUGUCCAAUGGCUUUUGAGGAAAGAAGGUUUCGAGUGGUCUGACAUUCACGAUCGUGUGAUAGAGUCUUCUAAAACACAGGACUCAACAUUGCCGGUCUCAUUCAUCGAAGCAACAGAUGCGCAAGGCCGGAAGUGUUAUAUCAGCCAUCUGUUCGGUUUGGUCACUUUGGAUCCCACUCCUUUCCGAGCACCAGAACAAGGUUUGAGGGGUGGCAUUCUCGCUGAAGAGAUGGGCCUCGGAAAGACGGUUGAGAUUAUCUCCUUGAUCACGCUCAACAAACGUCCAAAGCAACUUGAAAGCUCUAUUUUUGACACAUUUACUGGCCAGAAUGUACGGCCGACAUCGUCAACGCUCAUAAUUGCUCCACCAGCUAUCGCUCUGCAGUGGAUCUCUGAGAUAGGCAAACAUGCACCAUAUCUAAGGGUCAUGCAUUACCAAGGCAUAAAGGCACAUGCCAAAAUGAGUCCUUCGGAGCUGCUUGAUGCUCUGGCAUCCACAGACAUCGUCGUAUCGUCGUAUGGCGUUUUUUCAGCUGAAAUUAACUUUACUCAACUAAAUCCGGAGAAGACGUUACGGAACGCUUCUAAAUAUCCACGACCGAAAUCUCCUUUAAUGGCCUUGCAGUUCUUUAGGGUUGUGAUGGAUGAAGCUCAGAUGAUCGAGAGUGGAGUAAGCAAUGCGGCUAUAGUGGCUAGAAUGGUCCCGAGAGUUAAUGCAUGGUGUGUGACUGGGACUCCAGUGAGAAAGAAUGUCAAGGAUCUGCUAGGUCUCCUGGUUUUCUUACGCUAUGAACCAUUUGCAUCCAUCAAACAUAUAUGGUCAUCUCUUAUCUCGUCUCACAAACAAGAGUUUCGCACAGUCUUUGGAGGAUUGGCUCUUCGCCACUCUAAGCAGAAUGUGCGGGAGGAGUUGAGACUUCCGGCGCAGAGGCGGUAUGUCAUUACAAUGCCUUUCACGCCAAUCGAAGAGCAACACUAUCAAGGACUAUUUAAGCAGAUGUGCGAAGAAUUGUGCUUAAACCACCAAGGCGAACCUCUCACGGAUGACUGGAAUCCUGAGACCUUUGCCGAGGAAAUGAGAAAAUGGUUGGUGCGUCUUAGGCAAACAGCCCUUCAUCCAGAGGUGGGUGGUAGAAACCGACGAGCGCUGGGUAAUAAAGAUGGACCACUGCGUACUGUCGAUCAAGUCUUGGAAGUGAUGAUGGAGCAAACCGAGUUGGCUAUCAGAACGGAUCAGCGAGCCUUACUAACUCUCAAAAUGAAACGGGGCCAGUUGUUUGAAAAUUCUCCCCAAGUUAAACAGGCUCUUGAAAUAUGGGAAGAAGCCGCAAAUGAGGCCGCCGCAAUCGUUGAAGAAUGCAGAGAGCAACUACGGCUAGAAACUGGUCGUAACGUGGUAGAUGGGAGUUCUCCAGCCACGGACGAGCAACACGGAGCAGACAGUGAUUCUGAAAGCUCGGAAUUCGAUGAGGUUGAUCCUUCUUCACGAUUGGGAGCAUUUCGAAUCCGGCUUCGGGCUGCAUUGGAGAUCGAGCACAUGGCUACAUUCUUCUGCGCUAAUGCGCACUUCCAAAUCAAAUCUAAUGAAGAGAUGACAAAGCCCGAGUCUCCCGAAUUUGAAGCCCUAGAAAAGCUCGAAACAGAUGGUUACGAGUCAGCAAAAAGAAUUAGACGAGAGGUUCUUCAAGAGGUAGAAACUCCUACUCCAAAGCUCCAACAAGCCUUGAUUUAUGGAAAAGCAGAUAGACUCAUGAAAAAUAUAUCCAAGAAAGCUAGUUCUCAAUCUUUUGUUCAAGUCCCCGAGUUUCCAUCUAAUCCACCGAAGGGUGGGCUGGAGAGUCGCCGCAUUAUGGAGCAGCUUGAUACGCUUGCGACGGCUCUUGACGCGCAAGCUAAUCAACUAGAUGAAUGGAGAGAACAAACAGUUCAGUUCCUUCUGCGGCCGCUGGUCGACGAAGACGAAGGGGUAGAGCUCACGGGUGACGAGUACGAAGAAUCGACGAAGACUCAAGACGAGGUCAUGGUAUACGUGCAGGCUCUAAGAGCUGUCAUUGCUGACCGAUACGACGCUCUUACAGGGCAAGAGAAUAAGCUUACAGAGUAUGAUGUCAAUUGGGCUCUUAGCUUAGCGAAAAAGGGAGAAGGUGCUUUCCCCGAAAAAUCAUUGGAACUACUCGCGGUGCGCAAACACAUCAAACCGACGAAAGAACUGGGUUCUGUAAGGGGUAUCAUUUCAGAGCUUCGAGGUUUAGCGACAUCACUACGAACGGAUGCACAAAAUGACAAUAUAAGAGCUCAGAACGAACUUUCGAUCAUUGAGACACAACUCAAUGCCACCCAGAAGCAGUUGGCUGAACAGACUAAGGCAAAUACUGCUCUUGAGAAAGAGCUCGACCAAUUCACCAAUGUCAUGAAUACCAGGCUGGAAUACUACAAGCAGCUACAGCAAGUAUCUGAUAUGGUUGCGCCAUUAGAAGAGCAGAACAACAAAGUUUUGCUCAGCAGACUACUGAAAGAUGAAGCGAAGUUUGCACGAAAGCUUGCUUCGGCCAAAUCGAAACGUCGAUAUUUGGUACACCUCAAGAUGGAGGCUGCCAAUCCACAAGAGCAACGUAUUUGUGUCAUUUGCAGAGAUUCCUUCGAGGUUGGCGCACUUACAGUAUGUGGUCAUCAGUACUGCAAAGAAUGUAUCGGACUCUGGUGGAGUGCUCAUCGCAAUUGUCCAGUCUGCAAAAUGAAGUUGACUCAAGCAGACCUGCAUGAGAUCACGUAUAAGCCCCAGGUGCUGUCGAUUGAAGCGGAAGAGAUUCAAUCGGCAUGUCAGGAACGAACCUCACCUUCUUCGAGCUCAAAAAAGUCGGCUAUCUACUCGGAUAUUAGCAAAAGUAAACUUGCAGAAAUAAAGAAUAUCGAUCUUGAUGGGCCUUCGUUCACCACAAAAGUAGACACGCUUGCUAGACACCUUAUCUGGCUUCGAUCUUCUGAUCCAGGCGCGAAGAGCAUUAUCUACUCCCAAUUCAAAGAGUUCCUUACCGUUCUAGCUCGUGCGUUCGAGCGCUUUAGAAUCGGAUACUCCUCAAUCGAUAAGCCAAAUGGAAUAGAGAAGUUUAAGAAUGAUCCAAGUGUCGAAUGCUUCCUACUUCAUGCCCGAGCACACUCUUCUGGAUUGAACUUGGUGAAUGCCAGUCAUGUAUUCCUUUGCGAACCGCUUUUGAAUACUGCACUGGAGCUCCAGGCGAUUGCCCGAGUCGAUCGGAUUGGACAGCAGCAGGAAACCAAUGUCUGGUUAUAUCUUGUCGAUGGGACAGUAGAGGAAUCAAUACACCAACUCUCUGUCAAACGCCGGAUGGAACAUAUCGGGCAGCGGCUCUUGAAAGGGAAAGGUAAAGCUAGGGAAUCAGAUCCAGCUGAAUUUCUCGAUACGAAUUUCGAGGAAGCCAAUUCCAUGGAAUUGCAACAGGCUUCUUUGUCGGGCUUGCUUGCCAAAGGGGACAUGGGCGGCGAGAUGGUCGAGCAAAAAGAUCUCUGGGAUUGUCUUUUUGGCGGCGUGAGCCAGAAGGUUGCGGAGAGGACGCUGAAGAAUUCUGAUAUAAUAUUUGAUGCGGAAGUCAGCAGACAUUUGAGGGCCGAGGCUGCUCAGGAGAGACUCGUCGGGUCAUUAUCGUAA